AUGAUGUGCUACGAAGUCUCCGCGGUGUCUAACUUCGCGCAAAACGACUCAGUUCCCUUCCAGUUCACCCAGGCACUUCUUCAUUUCCCGCCAAUCUCAAGCACCCGGCAUCCGAUGUCAUCCAGCUUGAAGAUCUACCAGCCGCUAGCCGUGGUUUUGCUUCUGCCGGGCACAUCACACAUCAGAAUGGGACCAUUACUGUUAUUACUACUAUUAACCUCAAAUGCCCAUGCUGUCACGGAGUGCCCUCGAGAAUGCGAAUGCGAUGCAAUACCUCCACAUAAUGCAUCUUGGGCUGUAUAUUGCCAUCGUGGCGGUAUUAACGACACACUCUUCGCUGAUAUUUUGAAUCGACUUCCGCCUACGUUGAAGGUUUUGGACGUUCAGACUGCGAGCUGGCGGCCGGCGAACAAGUUCAAAUGGAGCGAUAAUUUGAACAGAUUCAGCCAGCUCAAGCAGCUUCGUCUGGUGAGGUGCGGGAUUCCUGCCAUGAGCAGGAGUACCCGCCUGCCUUCGCUGGAACUGCUCGACCUGCACGGAAAUGAGAUCGAGCACGCCACUAUGGGCAACUUUGGCGGUAUGCCAAAUCUUCGUUUUCUGGACUUGAGCCAUAAUCAUCUCAGCAUUCUGCCCACUGGCGUAUUCACAUUUCUCCACAACCUCCGAUCUCUCUCCCUUUCCAACAAUAGUAUCACCGAACUAUCAGCAAACCUCUUGCGUGGGCUUCGAACGCUGAAAUCGCUACGACUCGACAGUAAUCGUAUUCCCAUCAAACAAAUCAACGAUCUUUUCGCGGAUGUGCCACAACUCGACGAAUUACAUCUGAACGACUGUCAUCUUAGCAGUAUUGCCAAUCUGUCACUGACCGAUGUGGCACAAUUACGUCAUCUUGGACUGGCUAAUAACAAUCUGCGCACGAUACCCACUCGAGAGUUAGGACAACUGGUACAUUUGGCUGUGCUUGACCUUAGCGGCAAUAGCCUCGAAGAAGUGGGCGCAUGUGCAUUCUGUUCUAAUAAUAUCUCUAGGCUUGACCUGUCACAUAAUCGUUUGGGAUUGGUCAAGCAUCCGUUUCAUGCCGAUGCUUUUCGAAAUAUACCGCUUGUGGAGCUAGAUAUUUCAUUCAAUCACCUGGACGAGUUUCAUUCGAGCUCUCUUGGUUGGGCUCAGGAGAGUCUUCGAACACUUAGCAUCGCUGGUAAUUCGCUUGGAGGAUUCAUUCCCGAUAUUACGGCUACACUACCGAAUUUGCACAGCUUGAACAUGGCCUAUAAUAACAUCGAUCAAAUUCCUAUUACUUUUCCACCACAAUACUAUCAUCUAGUAUUCCUUAAUCUUUCUGGAAAUGCUCUAAGCUUUUUACCAGACAAUCUGCCAUAUUUGCUGCCGAAUUUGAAGGAACUCGAUCUCUCGAACAAUAAAUUCUCAACGCUAUCGUUAUGCGAUGAGGCAUAUUUUACGCGUAGCGUAUGCAAGCCCGUACAUAUGCAAAACUCGAUAAGCUGCUUUGCAAAGCUUGACACACACGCAUGCACCAUCAACGAAUGUGCUGUACUGUUCGGCGCUCGAUAUGGAUUAUCCCAAAACAGCGAACUAUUCAUCCUGCUGGCUGCUCUGCUCUCAGCUGCACUAGUGCUGUCAAUUCUGCUGCUCUGCUUGUACUUCUUCCGAGAACGACAAUAUAAAGGCUCUUAUGUCACCCGGGAGCAUUCCCGGACGCCAUUGACAAUGACAAAUCAUAUCAGUUGCUCGUCAAGUACGAGUGCAGCCAGCGAACCGUUGACUCCGCCGAUGCCACCACCACCGCCAAAGGCAACGGCUGCUUAUUUCGGGAUAUAG